GUCAUCCGCAGCACUGCAUAUAUAAAGCAGCCCAACUGUAAACAACUUCUCCAAAAACCCAAAAACCAAAACCAACAACAACAACCAGAGGAAGAAGAUGGCGUCCAUCAACGGAGAAGAAGAGGAGCCGAUCUACUCAAACGCAUUCAAAUCACUUCAUCCGAAGCAGGCUCAUAGCAUACUCCUUAAUAGGAUCAAACAAUCCAAGACCUUCAACGACGAACUCCUAGAACACUUCAGGGAGAGGAUCAACAUAGAGGAACACUACAAUAGAACACUCAGCAAACUAUCAAAAAAACCACCAUCAGACUCAGGCCGAUUCAGAUACGACCAGGAUCACCAUCAACCCCAGGAUGACGAGGAUAGCCAUCAACAGAUUCGAAAGAUCUUACAGCAGGAACUCAUCAGAUCAAUCGAAUCACAUUCGACCUACCAAAACCAGUUACAAGCAGAAGUCGAAGCAAUACUCAGGAAGACCUUCGAGGACCAUCAAACUCAACUCAAGACGAUCGAGGAACAACUAAACAGAUUGGUGAAAACCUACGAGGAAGCAGAACAGAAACUGAGCCGAUCCAAUCAAAGAAUCCAAUCUAGCACCAACAACAACAGUAGCAAUAGCAACUCACGCAAGCUAGAAACACUGCAGAGCAAGCUAAACGAAGACCAACAAGCCUUCAACCAAACCAAGCAAACAUGGGCUGAGCACUCCCAUCAAGCCUUCAAGACGUUCCAAUCCAUCGACCAGCAACGGCUCCUGGGCCUGUUUGAGACGCUGACCAAGUUCGAAACCUGUCAGAGUGACCAUCAUCGCCAACAGAUGGAAAUCGCCGAGAAAUCGACAAUCAACUUACUCGCAUUCGACCUCAAUCAAGACAUCCAACGCUUCGCUCUCCUCAACAGCCAUCUCCGGUCCGAGCCUCCUUCUUCGCUCUCUUCCUCUGUUAAUCAUCAUCAGAUCAAUCCUGCCCUCUCUGCUUCUACCUCCACCCCUGCUCCCGGUCACUCUCGUCAACCGACCCUCGAAGCUCAUUCUCGUCAACCGACGAUCGAACUCCACUCCCGCCAGCCGACUCUCGAAUCUCACUCUCGUCAACCGACCAUCGAACUCCAUUCCCGUCAACCGACGCAUUCCUCUCAAUCACCAGCCCGAGUCUCCUCCGAGACACAGGAAGACGAUCAAGAACAACUCCGUCCAUCCGUUCGCUCUCCCUCCUUACGACCAUCAGCCUUCACCACCCCCACUCUCCCAUCUGCCUCUAGCCUUGGCCAACCUAACCGAAUAGCUUACGAUCCUAAUCAUCCCGAAAUCCCUAAGCUCAAUGCCCCCAACAUCUCCAUCCCUAUCCGCUCUACCCCCGCCUCACCCGCCCACAAGUCCCAAAACGGCCUCCCUCCACGGACACUCUACGUCCAACCUCAUCCCUCUAGCGAGUCAAUCUCCGCUGUUAACAGGAGCCGUCCUUCCGCCGAUCUCGCCCUCUCAAACCGCUCGAACCUGCGUGAAACGCCCUCCAAGUCGAUCGCCUCUGGCCCCUCAAAACCCGAUAAGCUCUUCUCACGGGCCCGACUGGCCAACAUGCUCUCGCGUAACGGAACCAACAACAAUAGUGGUACCUCACCCGCGAGCCUCAAGCAAUCCCAGCCACGACGGAUGUCCCAGACCAACCUCUCGACGAGCCAACUCAACGAGCAAUCGAACUCUGCCCAGCCGAAAGACCGCUCCCGCCAUAGCAGGAGCUCGAGUGUGGUGGGCCCAGAUUCGACCCAUCGCAGCCCACCGCUUCCAACUAUAAUCCCAGAAAGUCCAGCACAUAAGCUCGGAUGGAGCUCCUCUCGUCUCGGCCAACUCUUGCCUGGAAAAGGUCCAUUGCUCAAGAAGAAACUCUCCCAAUCCAGUCGUCAUUGGACGCCUUCCUCCAACAAUAAGGACAAAUUGGCAGCCUCUUCUCAUAAUAAGUCCUCCUCCCAAAUCCCCAGAAUCGAUGCCGAUGGAUUCUCGAUCCCUCCUGUACAUCGUGAUCGUCCACCCUGGGAACUUGAUACGGAUACUGAGGUCUUGUCUUUGGAUAUGACUGAAAGCUCUAGUCAUCAACAUCCUAACAACACCUCUCGAACCAAUGGUCAGGAGCAGUCGGAUCUUUCUGAUCGGAUGGGUAAUACGACUCCCGGAGCAGGAGGGAAACACCAGUUCGCGAUCAAGCCAUCUCCGAGUCAGGAGCUGAUGCAGCCAUCAGACGAAGCGGCCCGCUUAGCGGCGAUCCAGCGGGUGCAAAGCACCCUAGCGUCUUCGCCGGCAGGUCCGAUGACAGGUUUGGUGAGCGGAACCCGGCGUUCGAAUGCGGCGUUACGUGGUCGUAGGAUGGAUGGACGGGGUGUGACGAUGUACGAUGCCUCUCCGGUGCCCGCUGUUCCAGCCACUUCCCUCGUCCGCAGAGGCACUGUCUCCGAUAAACCUAAUCCGAGCACCGAGCCCAUCGAGAUCUUGCCCUCCUCAGCUGGCCCUGCUAGCGCUGAUCAUCCCGUCCCCGCUCGUCGGUCGACUCAGACUAGCUUCAGUCAUCUUUACUCUUCCCCCGAACCACUCUCAACUACCCUGCCCAGUCCUCAACUUCAGCAACAGAAUCCGAAUGCUCAGAUUCAGAAACUGGAUCAAUCGAGAUCUAAUAGCUUAUCCUCGGCUAUCUCUACCUCAAAUCUCAAUGGCUUCUUCAACCUUUCGCCUGCUUCUAUCCCUCUCAAUCUCGGAGGAGCUCCAUCAUCAUCUGUCACUGGAUUAACACCCACUUCAAGUUCUUCCAAGAACCCGUUCUUUAAUAUGUCCAUCAACUCCAUGCUUCUGUCUAACCCCCCUUCUUCUUCUGUUUCAACAACAACCAACCAACAUCAUCAUCGUGUUGAAGAAACUGUCGAUCCAGUCUCUAUCAAACCGCUUGAUCCUUCCCCUCAUCCUACUCCUCCUUCUCAAACCUUUUUCGCAGUAACCGAGAAGCUUAACGUGCUCAUGCACCAGGGCUCGGUUUCCAAACUAAUGAUCAUCGGCGAAGUUUGUGUCCCUAAAUCCUCGCUGAUUCGGAUCCUUGAUGCGAAGAAAUCUGGGAAGAAAGACGAAGAAGAAGAAGAGGAUGGGGCUCGGUUCUUGGGUUUCAGUAUCGAUGGAAUCAAUCGCUUAGAGAAGAUCGUGUAUCCCCACGAAUUGGUCCUUCCAUCUAACUCUAAAUCCUUAUCAACUCCUACCACAACUGACUCAGAAACGGGAGAAUAUCGGCUAGAUUUAUCCCGACUACAAUCUCUCUUUCUUUCCUCCUCCUCAUCAUCAUCAUCGACACCAGAAAACGAGGAAGAGGGGCUGUCGAUCCUCAAAUACCGGGUCUUGAUCGACCACCAUUCGCGGGCGCCAGACGACCCGCAACUUGUGCAGCAAGCGGCCCAACACGUGCCUCUGAUCCUUGUGCCCAAGUGGAGAUAUCAUCCUGACAAAACAGAGCUCGUCGUCCACUACCGCGAGUCUUUACUCUUCCGCGAUUUUCAUCAAGAGGAACCCGAUCCAUUUAAGGAGGGGGAGAGGAAGAAGAAAGAGAUGCGAUUGGAGGAUCUGGAGGUGCAGACCUCGGUCUAUUUCGAUCAUGCCACCAAGACUAAGGUCUGUCGCUCCGUCGACGAGGUCCAGUCCUUGCCGGCCGGCCAGUUCGAGCCUCAGACCAACUCGAUUCGCUGGAUGCUCGACCGCCAUCUUCGACAGACUGGUAGUGAUGAUGAUGAUGAUGGUGGGGGAGUUAGGGUGGACGGGUUGGAGGGCAAGUUGGUUUGUCGGUUCAUCCACCAAUCUGUGGUCGAGUCGAGCUCUCGUGGAUCGGGGGGAUCUGAUGAAGAUGGAGAUGGAGAAGCUGCUGGGAAUAACGGAGCGCUUGUCGGGCACCUUCAUGAAGACUCAAACAGCUCCCCAACUUCUGCAACAACACUUGACAAGAAGAAGGAGAAGGAAAGGGAGACAAAGGUUCUGAGUCGCGAAGAGAGCGAGAAGGUCUGUGGACCCGUCGGCCUCACCUGGCGCUUAGACGGCGUUUAUUUGUCCGGCAUUGCCAUUCGGUUCAACGCUCCUCAGGCCGACAAUGGCGCUCAUGCAGUUGAUGCUCGGAGUGUGAAGGUUCCGGAUGAGCAAAGGGUCAGGGUUAAGGCGGUUUGCUCGACCUUUUUGGCCCGCUGAUCGGCUUCGUUCCUUCUUUUCUUUUCAUUUUUUCAUUUUUGUCUUUGAAGCAGUAUCAGUAUCAUGCAUUAUUUACUUAUUGAUCGAUUAGUAGCUUCAUUUCCUUUUAUUCAUUUGGUUGGUCAGUUAUUUUAAUCACUUAUUUUAUUUAGUUAUUUGAAUCCGUUGUUUAUUGGAUUCUUUCUGUCGUUAAUCGUUGAAUUCAUUAAUCAUUUGUCUGUUAUGCCUUGUCAAGUCAAGUCGCCCUUCUGCUGUGCUUUAUUUCUCAACCUUGCUGCCCCCCCCCCUUGUUUUUUGACAUUUCAUUUCGAUUUGUGUUUUAAAUUUUUGGACUGCUUUUUCUAGUUUAUGGUAGUUGACAACAAUCAUGAUCGUGGUUAAUCUUUGUUUGUUUGCUUUUGUCCUGGCCUAGGCUCAAUUGGCAAUGUAUUAUAAGAGGCAGCAGGCAGAGAAGCAUCGUUUUGAGGCGCUUCUCGGCUCGUUCCUGGUAAAGAAUACAUGCAACUUGCCUGAAUCAGCAGCACUCCAUCUUGUUGGAUUUUGUUGCUUGUCCAGGCAUCUCUUAA